CUCCCAUAAAACAGCGAUACUACCCUGUUUCCCCUUUUAAACAAAAACUUAUUGAUGAACAACUGGAUCAAAUGUUAAAAGACGGUAUUGUCGAAACUUCUAAAUCAGCUUGGUCCUCACCUGUGUUGCUCGUACCUAAAUCUAAUGGCGAACAACGCUUUUGUGUCGAUUUUAGAAAAGUCAAUUCCGUUUCUGAGCGCGAUGCCUACCCUCUGCCAUAUAUAUCAAAUAUUUUAGAUAAGCUGGGUGGUGCUCGUUUUAUGUCGUCCCUAGAUUUGAAAAGUGCCUAUUGGCAAGUAGCAUUGGAAGAAAAUAGUAAACAAUAUACAGCUUUUACGGUUCCAGGUCGUGGAUUAUUUCAAUUUACGCGCCUUCCUUUUGGUCUACAUAAUGCAGCAGCUACAUUCCAGCGCCUAAUCGAUACGAUUUUGGGUCCAGAGUUAGAUAAUGAUGGAACCACACAACAACUUGCUGGGUGUUUAAGAGAUUUCCGUAACAAACCCUUUCCCACCAGAGCAAGAAUAGAAUAUUUCCAAAAUACUCUGACUGUGCUAUUUCACAAUGGCAUGACUAACAAUGAACAGGACUACGAUAUGUGUCUUAGGGCUGAAAAUGUUGUACUGCCUAAAGGUGGAUAUUUUGGAGUUUCUGCCGCAACUGGAGGUUUAGCUGAUGAUCAUGAUGUUAUACACUUCCUAACCAACAGUUUACAUUCUACUGAUCAAGCACAAGCCAAUCAGUAUGUAGGAGAAGAUCAACAAAAACUUCAACAAGAAUAUCAAGAUUAUCAACAAAAAUUAGAACAACAAAAAGCAGAUUAUAGAAAGGACCAUCCUGAUGAAAAAGAGCCGGAGAUGGAGGAUUGGUAUGAAUCAGACUCUCAAAGAGAGCUUCGACAAAUUUUCCAAGGACAAAAUCAAAUGUAUGAGGUCCUUAGAGAACUGAAUAAGAAACUCGACGAGGUUGUGGGAAGACAGGAGAGGACAAUGAGCUUAAUAUCGCAGCAUGGAACUGGAGUACAAGGAGCUGGAGCACCUCCGCCACCUCCAGGUCAGCCCAUACAUGCAGGAGACACUAUUAGAAGACAUGAAGUAGAUGCAGUAUUUAAUAAUCAAAAUCUUGUGAUUGGUUAUAUAAAAGAAAUUAAACAAUUCAUUCUUGAAGUAAAACAACGAGCUGACACUAUUAUUAACAAUCAGGCAAAGCAGCCAACAGCCCAAGUUCAAUCUGUCGGUUAUGACACGCAAUCUCUCAUUUCAGAAAUGCGGGAUGGUUUGAAUCAUGUCAAAUCAAAUAUGGUGCAAAUAGCUCAAAAAAUAACCGCGCCUCCGGGCGGAGGCUGUCCAACGGUAAAUUGCGUGUCCGUUACAACAGUUUUGGUAAUUGCAGCUAUACAGCUAGCCAUCAUAUUAGCUUACAAUUUGUAUAGGGAUAGCAAGGAUAACAGCAACAAGAAAUUUUAUUAGACUGGUUAUAGAAAAUUGUGAGAUUAAACAUAUGUGAGUGGGGGGCAUUUUUAAAUUUUGGGGUUUUGACAAAUCUAAAGUAAUAUCCUAUGUUUAGUGAACAAAUUAAUGUCUUCCUAUUAAUUUUGUAUGUUAUUUAUUUUUUUGCAGUACGGAAAAUCACUUUCAAUUCUUUUAACAGAAAAAAAAACACUUAAAAUUUUUUACACAAAGAAAAAUGCAAGAAAGCAAUGAGAACAAAUAUACAAUAUUAAUAAAUACUCUAUUAUUAUAUAUUUUUCCAUAAUCGGAGUAGAUAUUUAUUAUAUAUAGUAAACAGCAAAAGUAAGGAAUACAUAUAUUAAUUUUUAAUGUUAUUAAUAAUUAAGAUAAAUCCUAAAAUACAUAGAUUUUUUCGAUUUUAAAACAAAACUUUCAUCUUUUACAUCAAUCUACUUAGAGGAGUAGCUUCAUAAUUUUUUUUUGUAGAAGGAAAGCGCUUCUAAUACUUCAUUUCAAAUGGAUUUAAAAUCUAUAUUAAUCAGUAUUGUACAUUUCGUUUUAUUUAUUAGAUAUUUAAAUUCAAAAAAUCAAAGGAGUGUAGAACACCUCUUUAAGAGAGUUGAGGUAAAGAAGUAAAAUUGUUACGUCAGAGAGUUUUGUUUUAAAAACCAAAAUUGAAGGGUUUUUCUUAAAAUAUUAAAAAUGAAUUUAUGCAUUACUUUUAUUGUUCACUGUAAAAAUACUAUUGUGUAUGUAUAGUGACAACAGUUAUUUAUGUGAAAAACAAAAUUGUUAAUCUCUUUGCAAAUCGGCAAUGUUAAAAGCAUACAACACAAAUGUUUUUUUGUUGACUCUCUCCCUAGACCAAAUAUCAGCGACUAUUUCUCUAGAGAAAUAUUCAAUAUUUAGUCUAGGGAAAAAGUCGUCCCAAAUAUAACAGGGCCUUGAUAAUUAUUCUGCUAUUUUUGUUAUUGCUAAAUUUUUCGAACAUUUUACAAUUUGAUUCUACAUAAUUUUGGCUAAAGCUCUCGGGCUCUAAUCAGAUUAUUAAUGCCAAAAAUUAUGUCUCAUCAAAUUGAUAUUAAAAUAUUCUCGAGAUUUAGAUUCGACAAAAAUAGCCGACUAUUAUCAAGGUCUUGGUAUAUUAUCCUAGAAAAUUGUUAUGAAAUAAAUUGUAUGAGUUUUUAUACCGUUUAUUAAAUUUUAUCUUAUGCAUGGUUGACAAUAGUAAUCAAAAGUUAAUACCAUUCCUAGAUAAUCAGUAAUGAUAAGUGUUUUUUUUAUAAAACUACUAGAAAUUAGUUAAUUACAAUUUACUUAAUUGUAGAUUAUUGAUAUUAUUUACAAAAAUCACUGACCAUAGUUAGUGCUUCUUAGAAAAUAUUUCGAUAAAUCUUUUUUCUCUAUCUUCUAUAUUAGAAUAAAUUGAAAGGGAAUUUUCUGUUUUUAUUGUUUCUUCGGUGCUCUCAUCUUUUUUUAGCUUUAUAAAAAAAGUUUCAUUUCAGUUUUUGUAUUUAUUGUUCUAUACAUCAGUAUACAAAUUAUUUUAAAGACAUGUAGUCAAAUUCCAACAAAUAUAACUACUGCGCCUCAGAUUAGAUUAAUAUUUUAAUGUAAGUUGGAAUCGAGGUGUGCUUAUGAUUAUGGUUUUUGACAUAAAAUAUUCCAUAAUCAAACAAACUAGUUUAUAAAGAAUUUGAAGAGUAUUUGCUGUUAUGAGAAUAUUUUACCAUAUUUAAGCUGAAACUUCAAUUUGGUAUUGAUGGUAGAUAGUAGAGGAACAAAAAUUGAUUGAUACUCUGUAUCUCUCUUUUCUUUUGAGAUUUUUGUUUCUAAUUCCAAUCCAUGUCAUUGUACUUUUUAUUGACAUAUUUUUCUAUUUAA